CAAAACCCCAAUUUUACUUCUUCCUCCUCUUUCAAAAAAAUUAGAACUAACCUUAACCUUAAAUCUUCUAUUUCACACCACGAAAAGAAAAAAAAAAAUGAAGAGAAGUUUUCCUGAAGGAGAGGUUGAGACGAACCUCGCUUUGGCUAACUGCUUGAUGCUGCUCUCUCAGGGAGGAUCUAGGCCAUAUGAUGCGUCCACCGCCGGCAGUGGUCGAGUUUUCGAGUGCAAAACCUGCAACAGGCAGUUCCAGUCAUUUCAAGCGCUAGGAGGGCACCGAGCAAGUCACAAGAAGCCAAGGUUAAUGGAAGGAGAAGGUGGAAUGGAGAACCAGUCGACCGCGAAGCCCAAGACGCAUGAGUGCUCCAUCUGCGGACUGGAGUUUGCAAUCGGACAAGCGCUUGGUGGUCACAUGAGGAGGCACAGAGCUGGUUUGAGUGAGAAUCAUCAGGUGCUUCCUAGUCAACAGGUUUUGCCGCCUAUUGUGAAGAAAGAGAAUAGUGGAAGACUUUUGUGCUUGGAUCUGAACUUGACUCCCAGGGAGAAUGAUCUGAAGUUCUUCAAUCUGGGAAACCCAACUCCUACCAUAGAUUGUUUGUAGGUUUAUUUUUAUUUUUAUUUUUUUACCUAUAUAGCUUCUUUCUUCUUUUGAGAAUGUUUGUGUUAAUAUUUAUUCAUUUGUUACACAUGGAUAGAGAUAUGAUACAUACAUGAUCAAUAUAUAUACUUAAUUUCU